AUCUUCUGGGAAGAGUACUGGGCGCGUGGCAAUGGCGGCGGCGGCGGCACCAGCACCGGUCCUGAAGCACUGGCGCACUACGCUGGAGCGGGUGGAGAAAUUCGUGUUGCCACUCUACUCUGCCCACGACUGUAACCUCCAUGGCAGGCUCUUCGGGGACAGCUGCCCGGUGGCCUCGCUCUCCAGUUUCCUGACGCCUAAGAGGCUUCCCUACCAGGAGGCAGUUCAGAAGGACUUCCGCCCUGCUCAGAUCGGAGACAGCUUCGGGCCCACAUGGUGGACCUGCUGGUUCCGUGUGGAGCUGACAAUCCCAGAAGCAUGGGUGGGUCAGGAAGUUCACCUUCGCUGGGAAAGUGAUGGAGAGGGCCUGGUUUGGCGUGAUGGGGAACCUGUUCAGGGUUUGACCAAAGAGGGGAAGAAGACCAGCUAUAUCCUGACUGAGAGGCUGGGGGAAGGAGACCCCCGGAGCCUGACCCUCUAUGUAGAAGUUGCCUGCAAUGGGCUCCUGGGGGCCGGGAAGGGCACCAUGAUCGCAGCCCCAGACCCAGAGAAGAUGUUCCAGGUGAGCCGGGCUGAGCUGGCCUUGUUCCACCGGGAUGUUCACAAGCUCCUGGUGGAUCUAGAACUGCUGCUGGGCAUAGCCAAGGGCCUUGGGGAAGACAACCAGCGCAGCUUCCAGGCCCUGUACACAGCCAACCAGAUCGUGAAUGUUUAUGACCCGGCUCAGCCUGAAACCUUCCUGAUGGCCCAGGAUCUGGCCUCCAGGUUCUUUGGCCAACGUGGAGGUGAAAGUCAACAUACCAUCCAUGCCAUGGGGCAUUGCCACAUUGAUACAGCCUGGCUUUGGCCCUUUAAAGAAACUGUGCGGAAAUGUGCCCGGAGCUGGGUUACAGCCGUGCAGCUCAUGGAGCGGAACCCUGAGUUCAUCUUUGCCUGCUCCCAGGCGCAGCAGCUCGAGUGGGUAAAAAACCACUACCCUGGCUUGUAUGCCCGGCUUCAGGAGUUCGCCUGCCGUGGGCAGUUUGUGCCCGUGGGGGGCACCUGGGUGGAGAUGGAUGGGAACCUUCCCAGUGGAGAGGCCAUGGUGAGGCAGUUCCUGCAGGGCCAGAACUUCUUCCUGCAGGAGUUUGGGAAGAUGUGCUCGGAGUUUUGGCUGCCAGACACAUUUGGCUACUCGGCACAGCUUCCCCAGAUCAUGCACAGCUGUGGUAUCAGGCGCUUUCUGACCCAAAAACUGAGCUGGAACUUGGUGAACUCCUUUCCGCACCAUACCUUUUUCUGGGAAGGGCUGGAUGGCUCCCGUGUGCUGGCCCACUUCCCACCUGGUGACUCAUAUGGGAUGGAGGGCAGUGUGGAAGAGGUGCUAAAGACUGUGGCCAAAAACCGGGACAAAGGGCGGACGAACCACAGUGCUUUCCUCUUCGGCUUUGGGGAUGGAGGUGGUGGCCCCACCCAGACCAUGGUGGACCGCUUGAAGCGGAUAUACAAUACAGAUGGGCUGCCCAGGGUGCAGCUGUCUUCUCCGGAGAGAUUGUUCUCAGCGCUGGAGAGUGACUCUGGGCAGCUGUGCACAUGGGUCGGGGAGCUCUUCCUGGAGCUGCAUAAUGGCACCUACACUACACACUCCCAGAUCAAGAAGGGGAACCGGGAGUGUGAGCGCAUCCUGCACGACGUGGAGCUGCUCAGCAGCCUGGCCCUGGUCCGCAGUACCCAGUUUCUAUACCCGGCAGCCCAGCUACAGGACCUCUGGAGGCUCCUGCUCCUGAACCAGUUCCAUGAUGUGGUGACUGGAAGCUGCAUUCAGCUGGUGGCAGAGGAAGCCAUGUGCCACUACGAAGACAUUCGUACCCGUGGCAACACACUGCUCAGUGCUGCGACUGCAGCCCUGUGUGCUGGGGAGCCAGGUCCUGAGGGCCUCCUCAUUGUCAAUACCCUGCCUUGGAAGCGCACUGAAGUGUUGGCCAUGCCCAGGCCUGGCGGGACCCACAGCCUAGCCUUGGUGACAGUGCCUAGCAUGGGUUAUACUCCUGCUCCUGCCCCCACCUCACUGCAGCCCCUGCUGCCCCAGCAGCCUGUGUUUGUUGUGCAAGAGACUGAUGGUUCUGUGACUCUGGACAACGGCAUCAUCCGGGUGAGGCUGGACCCGACUGGCCGCCUGACAUCCCUGGUGCUGGUGGCGUCUGGCAGGGAGGCUAUUGCUGAGGGCACUGUGGGGAACCAGUUUGUGCUGUUUGAUGAUGUCCCCCUGUACUGGGAUGCCUGGGACGUCAUGGAUUACCACCUGGAGACACGGAAACCAGUGCUGGGCCAGGCAGGGACCCUGGCAGUGGGCACUGAGGGUGGCUUGCGGGGCAGUGCCUGGUUCCUACUGCAGAUCAGCCCCAACAGUCGUCUCAGCCAGGAGGUUGUACUGGAUGUCGGCUGCCCCUAUGUCCGCUUCCACACCGAGGUGCACUGGCACGAAGCCCACAAGUUCCUGAAGGUGGAGUUCCCUGCCCGUGUACGGAACCCCCAGGCCACCUAUGAGGUUCAGUUCGGGCACCUGCAGCGGCCCACCCACUACAACACCUCUUGGGACUGGGCUAGAUUUGAGGUGUGGGCCCACCGCUGGAUGGACCUGUCGGAGCAUGGCUUUGGGCUGGCCCUGCUCAAUGACUGCAAGUACGGUGCAUCGGUUCGGGGCAGCGUCCUCAGCCUCUCGCUCUUGCGGGCACCUAAAGCCCCUGACACAACUGCUGACUUGGGGCGCCACGAGUUCACGUAUGCAUUGAUGCCGCACAAGGGUGAGUGCUACCUUGCCCCUUCUCUGCUCUCCUCCAAACCUUGGUUUUUCCAACAGUCAGUGGGGAAAAUAGCAGCCCCAUGCCCAUACCCCCUUUUGUACCACUGGCACUGUUCUGGCCUGUGCCCAGGCUCCUUCCAGGAUGCUGGAGUUAUCCAAGCAGCCUACAGCCUCAAUUUCCCACUGUUGGCGCUGCCUGUCCCAGGCCGGGUGCCCACAGCUGCCUGGAGUGCCUUCAGUGUGUCCUCCCCGGCGGUGGUGCUGGAGACCGUCAAGCAGCAGGCUGAGACCAGUCCCCAGGGCCGCACACUAGUGCUCAGGCUGUACGAGGCCCAUGGCAGCCACGUGGACUGCUGGCUGUACACAUCACUGCCAGUUCAGGAGGCUGUCCUCUGCGACCUCCUGGAGCGACGAGACCCUGCUGGCCACCUGCUCCUUAGGGACACCCGUCUGAAACUCACCUUUUCUCCCUUCCAAGUGCAGUCUCUCUUGCUUGAGCUGCAACCUCCACUGAAUUGAGUCCCUGAGGGUGGGGACUGUUUGUGGAAGGCUUUGGGGGCUGCCUCCCUGCCCAAAGCAACAAUAAAUCCUUGGCUCAGGAGCCCUACUGGUAA